AUGGAAGAUGCUAAAGAAGUUAAAAAUAGUGAGGACAUUAUAGCGGAUCUUAUAAAUGAUGUGAAAUCUUCGGAUAAACCAUUCGCCGUCGAUAAAAUCGCAGGAUUGGUGGUUUCAGAAACAAAUAAAGCAGACAAGAAACAUAAGAAGCACAAAAAGGAAAAACAUAAAAAAUCAAAGAAAAAGAAGAGCAGCAGGAGUAGAAGUCAUAGGUCGAGAUCUAGAAGUAGAUCUAGGUCCAGAUCUCCAUCUCGAAAACACAAAAAACGAAGAAAGUCUUCAUCGUCAUCAUCUGGUGAAGAACAAGAGAAAAUUCCAGUCGAUCCUUUUGAACCAAAACCUUGUCAAAGUGAAGUUAAAGAAGAGAUAAAGGAAAAUCAAGUAAAAGAAGAAGUUAUUCUGAAGCCUCUUGUUUCGAAAAGCGACGAGGAUGAUUUCAAGGCAAAAUUACUUGUUAAACGGGAUACCAAGCUCUCUAUAAAUAUAACAACUGUAUUUCCAAAAGAAGAAGAAAUGGAAGAAGGUGAAAUUGUGGAAAAGGAGAAGGAAAAAAAGAAAUCGAAUGAGAAGAAGAGCAGGAAAAGAAGUCGAUCUCGCGAAAAACAUCGGGAUAAAGAUCGGGACAAAGAUCGUGAUCGAGAGCGCCGUCGAUCUUCUCGCUCACCGAAUCGACGAGAACAUCGUGGAAGAGGAGAUACAUCGAGACGACGAACACCAUCUAGAGAAAAUCGACGAGGUAGAAUCACUCGAUUCGAUAGCGAUGAUCGGAGAAGAAGAAGUUCAAGAAGUUUGAGUAGAUCAAGAAGACGAAAUCGCAGAUCUAGAAGUCGAGAAUAUAUUGAUAAGGAGAAAUUGUUGGAAAUUGCGAAGAAGAAUCGAGCGAGAAUGUAUGUGACUGGAGAACAGAGGAAUAAUGCGACGGUUGAGGAUUUUGUUAGUGAGUGAAUGGGCAGGUUAUGACGUGGAAUUCUAGAGGAAAAUGUUUAAAAAAUGUGAAAAAUUAUCGAUUUUUGGAAUUCAAACGUGUUAGGGCUGAUUCACGAACGAAAAAAAUUUUAAAAAAUGUUUUUUUAACAUCGAAAGAUCAAUUCACGAAAAGUCAAAAAAAUGUCGAAAAAAACAUUGUAGGCCAAAACUAGUUUUUCGAGUUUUUCAGCCAAAAAUGAUGACAAAUCAAUAUUUUUCAAGCUUCUGGAGUAAUUUCUGAUGAAAAUAAGCUUCCGAGAACCCUAUUUUGCUGUAUUUCAUGAAUUUUUUCGAAAUUCAUCAAAAUUUAAAGUUUUUUAUUUUACGAAAAAUCAGCAAAAACUUCUGGAAAGUGAAUUCCAAGGUCAAUUUUAAUCAGAAAUUACUCCAGAAGAGUAAAAAAUAUUGAUUUGUCAUCAUUUUUGGCUGGAAAAUUCGAAAAACUAAUUUUGACCUACAAUGUUUUUUUCGUCCGUGAAUCAGCCCUGUUAAGAAGUCUUCCUAAUAGGGGUGAUUCACGAACGAAAAAAAAAUGUUUUAAAAUGUUUUUUUAACAUCGAAAGAUCAAUUCACAAAAAGUCAAAAAAUGUCGAAAAACCAUUGUAGGUCAAAAUUAGUUUUUCGAGUUUUUAAGCCAAAAAUGAUGACAAAUCGAUAUUUUUCAAGGUUAUGGAGUAAUUUCUGAUGAAAAUAAGCUUCGAGAACCCUAUUUUAACUCAUUUUAUGAAUUUUUUCUGAAAAAUUUUAUGAAUUUUUUUUUCUAAAUUCAUCUGAAUUUAAAAUUUUUUAUUUUACGAAAAAUCAGCAAAUCUCUCUGGAAAGUGCAUUCCAAGGUCAAUUUCUAUCAGAAAUAACUCCAGAAGCGUGAAAAAUAUUGAUUUGUCAUCAUUUUUGGCUGAAAAACUCGGAAAAACUAAUUUUGACCUACAAUGUUUUUUCGUCCGUGAAUUGAUCUUUCGAUGUUAAAAAAACAUUUUUUAACAUUUUUUUCGUUCGUGAAUCACCCCUAAUAAUAAUUAUCAAAUCUAAUAUUCUAGCAUAUUGUCAACGUCUCCAAAAACGUCAAGAAAAAGAGAAACGUCGUGAAAAAGGAGAAGCAGUGAGCUCUGAUGAUGAUUCAGACACCGAAGCCAAAUAUAAACAUCCCUAUGCUCUCCCCUCAAAUAAUCCAAUUCGAAUCAAUAUUGUCACAUCGGCCACCGCCACUUUGGCUCAAAAAGCACUAAUGGCACCCGAGGAGAAGGUUUUGGGUCCCUCGGAACUUCGUGUUUUAUUUCCCGUUUCGUCUGGUGCUGUACAUAAAGAGAAUGCUGAAUGGGUUCCGGUGCCAAAAGAUGAUGUGCCGAAAUCGUGUACGAAUGAGCAGAAGAAACAUGUGGCGAUGACGAGUUCGGAAAUUGAACGAUGCAAAUUGGCGGGAAUUGUGAGUUUUUGAAAAUUUUGAGUUAUGACGUGGCUCCGAGCGCAUUGCGCGAGUGUAAACCGCAAGCUUCCGCGUAGCGGCACUGUCUACCGCGAAGCGGCCACGCCCAAACUCAGGUUUUGUCCCGAUCCUAUAGUUUCACUCUGAAACUGACUGAAACUUUCAGAUUUUUGUCUAUUUCCAGCCGUAAUUAAGUUUCGACCUAUUUUUUGAACCUAAAUUCGCCGUGCAAAAUUUCUGACCAAAAACAGCUCUGGAAUUUCAGCCGAUUUCAGAAUUAAUGUUUUGAACUCAUGAGUUUUCAGAAAGAUUUUUGAGAUUCUCAAAAUUUAUUUUUAAUUGAAAAUUUGAAAAUUCUCAAAAAAUAACCUUGGAAAUUGAAAAUUUUUGGAAAAAAAAUGGCCUUAAAAUAUGAAAUUAUUUUUUCAGCCAAUCCCUCAACCUCCAUCAGUUCCAAAAUUCCUCAACUCAAUUCUACCUCCUCCACCACCUCCUCCUACAGAAUUAGGCGAUGAAGUUCCAGUGCUCCCGCAAGUCCUUUAUCUCCCACCAAAAGAGAGAAUGAUCAUGAAAGACACGGUCGCCAAUUUGCCAUCACCGCAAGAUUUGAGCGAAACAUUGCGUCUUCGAGUUGAUGCGCAAAGAAGAAUUGCGAGAAAUAGCAAAGAUUAUGUGGCACAUUAUCAAUUGGCUGAAGCAAAUGAGAGAAUGGAAGCAUGGGCAGCGCUGAAAAGUUUGCCUGGUGAAUAUACGGGAUCAACUGGGCUGAAAUUGUUGACGGCCGAUGAAUUACAACCUGAUAAUCCUAAAUAUCAUGCAUGGGUUAAAAGAGUGAGUUUUUUUGGUGGUUUGAUGUGGUUUUUGUUGAGAUUUUUGACACAUUCUGCGGUUUUUUUGGUGGCUCGAAAAAUUGGGGAGCAAAAUUUCGAAAAAAAUCGAUUUUUCGACAUGAAAAUCAUGAAAAUUGAUAAUUUUGAUUGAAAUUUGAGAAAUAUUUUUGGGCUGAAAAUUGUUUUUUGAUAAUUUUAAUAUUUAAAAAAUGGCCUGUAUUUUAGGUUAAAAAUUUUGAGUUUUUCACAAAAAACAUUUUUUUUCGAAAAAAGUUCAGAUAACCCUAAGAUUUUGAGAAAUCUGAAUAUAAACAACUCGAUUUUUCAUCUGAAAAUCAUAAAAUUUAAAGGUUCAUAUUCGAAAUUUCCUUUAAAAAUUUCAAAAAUCAAGAUUUCAUGGUUCAAAAUUAGAAUUAGAACUCUUGAAUUUUGAACUGAACAAUUUGAAAAAAAACCCUGAAAUUUGAAUUUUUUGUUCUGAAAAUCGGGAAAAUUGGAAAAAUUUGAAUUUUUAACCAUAAAAGAUUUUUUCAGUAAAUCUUGAAAAAUGAUAAGUUUUCCGGAAUUUCAUGCUGAAACUCAUAUUUCCAGUGCAGUUUCAGACUAAAAUUUUGAAAUCCUAAAUUCUCUGAAAAUUUCUCACAUUCAAAAUUUUCAUUAAAAACUUUCUGAAAAUCUGAAUUUUGAAUUCAACUUUUUUCCAUAGAUUUUCUGGAUCAGAGAAUCUGCAAAAGUGCAAUUUCAGUCUGAAAUUUCUUUCCUCCCCAAUUUUUCGAGUCAAAUCUCUUUUUUUUCCACUAAUUUUCAUCAACUUUUCCUUACUAACCCAAGGAAAAGUUGAUGAAAAAUCUUCAUGAACACACCUCGGCCAAAAUCGUGGUUUCCGAAAUAAAAAAUUGUACGCUAACUUUUUACAGUACAAAUAUUGUGAAUUUUUCAGUUUUUGCUCUCUAAAAAUUGUGAUUUUUCAAUUUUUGACCUCUAAAAACUGAAAUUCAGAUUUUUCCAAAAAUUGUACUCUGGCCAGCCACGGCUUGGCCGAGGUGUGUUCAUGAAACCCUGCAGAAUGUGUCAAAUCUUCUUCCUCUUCUGCUUAUUAUUCUCCAAAUUCUCCACGAGAACUUCUCAAUCUCCAAAUCUUCAUCGUCUUCUUCUCCUUCGUGUUGUUGUAACUUCAAGUAAGUCUUUUCAAAAUGAUUGAAACAGGCAACUUUUUCAAUCAUUUUGAAUCGACGGUUCUCAUGUUCAUUUUCAGGAUCAGGAUCAAUUUGAUUUUUCUCCUCACAACGGAAGUGUGUUAGGUCACCAACUAAACUUUUGAUAAAUCAUAUCGAAAUAUACAAAAUCGACCAUUCUGAUCACGAAUCCGAAGUCAAAAAUUGCCACAAAUGUCUGUGAGCACUUUUCUGGAGCUGCAGAGUCGAAUAUGAUGAAAAUGGGUGAAAACCAAAACUCAACUCAAACUUUGGAGCUCCAGAAAAGUGCUCACAGGAAUUUGUGGCUAUUUUUGACUUCUUUUGGUGUAUUUUGAUAAGUUUUAUCAAAACUUUAUUCCAGGACCCUAUACACUUCCCUUGUCAAAAAAUUCCCCCGCAAAAACUUUUUUCUUCAGGAUCAAUUCAAAAAAGCGGCACCUCAAUUGGGUGGAGUUGGCCAACGAUUAAUGGAAAAAAUGGGAUGGAAACCGGGAGAAGGAUUGGGAAAAGAGGCGGAUGGAAGUCUUGAGCCAUUAACACUUGAUGUAAAAAGUGAUCGGAAAGGAUUGAUGGCUGAAGAAGAGAUGACGAUGAAGCAGAGGAAUAAAUUGAAUGGAGUUGUCCAACCGGCUAUGGAUUUUUCGAGUUCGUUUUUUUUCUGGGAAGGGAAUUGGUUUUUUUUUCAAAUAUUAAAUUUGGCGGGAAAAGUCGUUCAUAAAAUUCAUUGUGGAAAUUGAACAAAACCUUUAAAAAAUAAGCAUUGCUCAUAUUAAACUCUUCCAAAAAAUCUCUUGAAAAUAAGCAUUGCUCAUAUUAAACUCCAAAAAACCUUUCGAAAAUAGCCAUUGCUCAUAUUAAACUCUUCCAAAAAUCCUCUUGAAAAUAAGAAUUGCUCAUAUUAAACUCCGAAAAGUCUUUUGGAAAAUGAGCAUUGCUCAUAAUAAACUCCGAAAAACUUUCUGAAAAUAAGCAUUGCUCAGAUUAAGCUAGAAUUGACCUAUAGAAUAUAGCCAUUGCUCAUAUUAAACUACAAAAAACCUCUUGAAAAUAAGCAUUGCUCAUAUUAAACUUCAAAAAACCUUUUAAAAAUAAGCAUUGCUCAUAUUAAGCUAGAAUUUGACCUAUAGAAUAUAAUCAUUGCUCAUAUUAAACUACAAAAAAAUUUUUUCAUAUUUUGUAAGGUUUUUUUUUUCAAUUUUGAAUGUCCACGUGGCAAUAUUUUCAGAAAAUUUCGAAUUUUUCAGAUUUUGUAAAAAAAAAAAUUCCACUUGACAAUAUUUUCAGAAAAUUUUAAAUUUUUUGAAGAAUCUGGAAUUUUCCCAGCUUCAAGUCCUUGGUGA